CCCAAAUCUAUUUUUAAAAUAUGGCGGCUUAUUUACUUCUGUAGAUGCGUGUUGUGUUGGCUUGUUUCUCAUUUCAUUCCAAGCUUGUUACAAAACGCACAAACUAGUUUGAAGAACAAACAAAAAUUAUGGAACCUGGCAAUGAAGCUGUCAAAACUACUGCAGACAAAACUAAGGCUGAGUUAGGAGAUAAAAAUGUCAACUCAUCUUUCACCUUCAGAAAACCUUUCCCAGAAGUUAAAGCAGCGACCUCAGCACGGUUGGGUGGAGCAUCACAAACUUUAACACCACAAACUACAUCAACAGAAAAAUAUGAAGACAGUAAAUCAAUUCAAGCGGCUAAACAAUUUCUACAAACAGCGAAAAUAAUCAGUCGACUAGAACUUAUAGAGAAAGCUCUAUUUUCUCUUCAAGACAGCAAACAAAAGACUGAAGAUGACAUAUUAGAAAUAAAACAAUGGAGAGACAACUUGCAGACAGAAAAAAAUAAUAUGGCAGAACAAUUUUGUAAUCAACAAAAACAAAAUCUUGAAAGCCUCAGACAAGAAAUAAGAGAACAAGAUGACAAAAUAAAGGAGCUAAACAAAGAAAUUGAGAGUUUAAAAGAAAAGGAAGCACAGUCAAACAAAACACUAGAAAAACUUUCUGUAAAGAUCAAAGAAUAUGAAAACAACUUAAACCCAAUAAAUCAAGAGAUGGAACUUAAAACAGAUAGUCUAACACAAGAAGUUAGAAUUCAUUGCUCUCUGGUGUCUUCUAUACAAGACCAACUACAGGAAAACAUGCUACAUACAACUUGUAACUUAAAUGAGUUAUAUGCUAAGUUUGAAAAUCAAGCGAAGAAUGUUUUGAAGCUUGAAAAUCAAGUAAAGGAUGUUUUGAAGCUUGAAAAUCAAGUAAAGGAUGUUUUGAAGCUUGAAAAUCAAGUAAAGGAUGUUUUGAAGCUUGAAAAUCAAGAUGUUUUGAAGCUUGAAAAUCAAGUAAAGGAUGUUUUGAAGCUUUCAACACCUUUGAAUACAAUUAAAUCCCCUUCAUGUAAACCUUACAUCUGUCAACUGCACGUUGAUAACAACACACCAGUAACCAGGGGAACCAUUGUUUCUACAUUCUAUAAUGUUUGGGAAUGUAACGGCUGCCAUUUUAAUCAGACAACAGGCAAGCUUGUAGCACCAGAUGAUGGCAUCUAUCUGGUCAUUGCAACAUUGCUGGAGAAUGAAAAUAAACUAAUUCGAGUGAAUGUUUUAAUGGGGGAUGUGUUAUGCAAUGAAGUUUUUGUCAAGUCUGCCCUAACAUCAGUCUGUGCAUCAACUGUUGUUUCCAUGAAGAAAGGGGGAGAACUUUUCUUUCAAGUGGUUCAAGCUGAUGUAGGGGCAAGGCUACAAGGAGGAAGUGGUUUCACCAUUGUUAGAUUAUAA